AUGUCAAGUAAACAUGGAAAUAUUAAAAGUGAUAUGCAAUCAGAAGAACAGGAUUCAGAAUCGGAUGUAGAUUCAUUGACCGAGGAUUUGGAUCAGAUUGGUAGACUUAAUUUGAGUAUGCCAUUGAACUUGAAUUUAUCGUUGUCAUCGUAUAUUAACAACCUUCCAAACUUGCCAGCGUUUGAUAUAAGAAAUUUACGAAAUUUGCCCAAGGUUCAAGAAUUUUCCAAUGAAAUAUCAAGAUACAUAUCCACACACAAGAGUAAUUCAUCAGAUAUAGAAGCACCACCCGAAGUCCAACAAACGACGAUUAAUUCGAUGAAGACUGCGAUUUCCACCAGAAUUCAGAUGCAUAAUUUCUUGAAUGAUUUGGACUUAGGGUUGUCUUUGGCAACCGCUAUUGACAGGUUGCAACCAUUGACUAAUAUUAUUCAUGAAACGAUAUUUUUACCGGCAGAGGACACUAGUGAUUUUGAAGAUGAUUAUGAUAUAGAUGGGGAAAGAGAGGUGGAGAGCCACUUGAAUCAGAAUUCUACAGAACCGGUCGGGGUUGAUGCCAUUGUUAACCGUCAUCAGCCGUUUGUGAGUGAUAUAGUGAAGCCAGACAAUGAGGGCAGUCAUAGUAGCAAUUACAAGCAGAGAAGAAAACGACAUCUUCAUGGAGCAAAGUACUUUUCUGAUGAAGACAGUGCUACGGCGACAGGAAGUGAUUUGGAUAAUGUGGAAGGAUUGUCUAUUGACGAAGUUAAAGCUUUGACAGAUUUAUCGUCACUAGAUGAUUUCUAUCAGGAAAGUCUCCUUAGAAAAAAGAUUCAGAAGAUCCAGGGAUUGGAUAACUUAAGUCAAACGCUGAAGAACAAAUUGGUUACGAGAUUGAUGAUGGGUAAUUAUUAUAAAUACGUCAAUGAGAACUUGGCUAAGAAUAAUAUGUCCUUAUCACCGAUUCUUAAAAAACAGCAAUUAGUCUUGAACGAAGAUGAGUCACUGAUGCCAGAACGGAGUAUCUCUGAGGUGAUAAUGGAGGAUAAUGAACGUGCCGAUGAACAACAAUCUACAUCGCAAGAGGGACGCACUGAAUCAGAGGUUGAAACAGUAUCUGAGGACGACGAUGAUGCAGUGAUACUUACAGAAAAAGACCAAGAACCAUCCUACUAUGAUGCACCAUUUAAUACAAUAAUGGGAUGUUCCCAUUACCAAAGAAACUGCAAGGUUGAAUGCCCUACUUGCUUUAAAUGGUAUCCAUGCAGAUUUUGCCACGAUAGUGAAAUAACAUCGCAUAAAUUGGGUAGAAAAGACGUAAGAUAUAUUCUUUGUAUGAAGUGUAAUACUCCACAAAUACCGGAAAGUAACUAUUGUAUUUCUUGUGAAGCUGAAUUGGCGAAUUACUUUUGUCUAAAGUGUAAGCUAUAUGACAAUGAUCCAACUAAGGAUAUUUAUCAUUGUGACAAAUGUGGAAUUUGUCGGCUAGGAUUGGGUUUGGGAAAAGAUUUCUAUCAUUGUGACGAGUGUAACAUAUGCUUAUCGAUAGAUUUGCGGGAAAGGCACAAGUGUUUAACGAAUACGACGCAUUGCAAUUGUCCGAUUUGCAACGAAUAUUUAUUCACUUCUGUCAAUAAGGUCGUAUUCAUGAAAUGUGGACAUCUGAUACAUCAAGCGUGUUACGAUGAACUAAGUAAACAUUCAUACAAAUGCCCUGUGUGCAAAAAGACAGUUGUAAAUGUAGAGACCCAAUUUAGAAUAUUGGACCAGGAAAUUCGACAACUGCCAUUACCACUGCCCUAUAAUCUAUGGAGAUGUAUCAUCAGUUGUAAUGACUGCAAAGGUAAAUCUAAUGUUCCCUACCAUGUUCUUGGAUUGAAAUGUAAAUAUUGCAAAAGUUAUAAUACCAACCAACAGAAGUUGAUCAAACCUGAAGAAGAAAAAGAGGAAGAAGACAACCAAGAAGAAGAGGAAGAUGACCAAACGAAUAACCACUUGAACCCCAUGCGUUUAAUACAGACCAAUCUCCAGAGCAAUUUCCUUAUUGGUGAGCAUGCCAGUAAUACCCCGGCAGAAGAAGAUUACGACGGGGAUAAUAAUAAAAAUAGUGACGAUCUGGAUGGCGAAAGCGACCAUGAGAUGUUUGCCAAAGUCAGAAAGCUCACCAACUCGAUCGUUAGUAAUUUAUCUCCCUCGGGUUCCAAUACAUCUACAGUCAGUAGCCAGCCUCAAGUCUCGUACAUCACAUCCAUUCUACAAGGCUUUGUGAAUAACGCUACUAAAGAUAAGUAUAUCUCGAAAUCCAAUACAGAUUCCGAUGCAACCAUGGACGAACCCGAACACACCAAUAAUGAAUCAGGCAAUGUAAAUAUCGACAAUAUUGACAUCGAACAUAGUGACUCCUAUUAG